AUGUAUUCUCUAACUCUUUUGGUUAAAGAUCCAAUGAUUCCUAAUCGAUUUCUCAAAGCGCUAAGGUGCUAUGAACUGAAAGUGUUGGUAAUUUCGCAACUUAGCUACGUUCCUAUUACUUGUACCAUGUUAUCAACUGCGUUUUAUGAACCUAAUCAGACUACUUGUAUUUCUCUUAACUUGGCGAAAAAUGGAUCAAGCAGAGAGCCACAAGAGCAGUUCUGGGUUUUGGAAAGUUGUCGUUGGUUGGCUGGUGUCCAUUGUGCAACAAAGGCACGUCACACUGCUAUUCAAGUUAUGUUAUAUCGUUCAAGGGAAUUACGAUUGGCAGUGGUGGCAAAUACUUGGAUUCUCCGAGCCGGUUAUCUCUAUGCCAAGUUCGAAGCAUUUAUUGAGAAAGUACACGUAUUCAGACCUUUUCAGACACUCGUCAGUCUGCAUUCCGCUUCUAUCGCUGUGUUACUGCUUCAUAUCGUCUUCUUUGGUGUCAUUUGGUACUUAAUCGCUUAUGAUCUACAAUACCACUUCAGAUUCUACUUCAAUGCGGAUGCCUUGCCAGGAAAUCGUUAUGUGAACAUGGUUCUUAUGGGUGCAUCGAAAUUCGUCAUGGGCUUGAUGCCCUUUGCCGUCUCGUCAUGGGUAGGACGUCGUCCGAUAAUGUUGUUCUCUGUUGUGAUAGCCAGUGCUGGGGCUUGGUUUGCGCUGACUAGUCAACUGCUUGCUGUUUCGUCUGGACACUGGUCUUUGACAGCAGUAUCACUGGUUGUCUCAGCAGCACUUGAUCCUGCGUGGAAGAUAAACCACCUUUAUUCUGCUGAACUUUUCCCAACCGUCGUACGGAAUAUGGCGCGCGCCAUAUGUAACGUCGGUUCCAGAUUCGGAUCAGUUGUUGCGCCAAUGGUGGUUCACUUACGUGCCGUACAUUAUCUGUUACCGUAUCUCGCGUUCGCGUUGUUUCUCACUGUGCAAGUCCUCGUUGUGGCAGUGUUUUUGCCAGAAACCAAGGAUCGACCACUUCCUCAAGAGCUACCUGAAACGAGCACUAACCGGCAGGAUGAACAGAUGAUGGAGCAGAAUCCGAACGUGCAGAACUCUAUAUAUACCGGUCUCUACGAUGGACGACUUGUUCAUAUAAAGAAUGGCAAGAUAAUUGAGGAAGUGCGACUCACUAAGGCAGAGCGAUGUGGUUCUAUUGAUAGUGAGCCAAUUUGUGGACGUCCCCUAGGAAUCCGUCGCCUUAAUGAGCAUGAGAUGGUCGUCGCCGAUGCAUAUUUUGGAGUUUUCGUCGUUAAUUUAAGCAAGGGAACAUUCAGACACGUUGUGAAGAGCAACACACCUAUCGAAGGUCGUUUCAUGCGAUUUUUAAAUGAUAUUGAGGUCCUGAAUGAGGACGAGAUCAUAUUCACAGACAGCUCAUCGAAGUGGGAUCGUCGUCAUCUAUUUAAUAUAUUUUUAGAAUCUGAACCAAAUGGAAGAUUGAAUUUGCAAACAAAUGAAGUUACACCAUUCGCCAUUAAUCUACCCGGUUUUCCGGAUAACAUUCGGAGAGGUGCCAAUGGUACACUGUGGGUCGGAAUGGCAGUCUCGAAACUCACCAGCGAAAUGAUUAUUGAGGGAGAACAAAAGAAUAACUCUUAUAAAGGCUGUUAUUCGACCGGUAUUAUUGACAGAUCGAAUUCUUCAGGUGUACGUCAUAUCGAUUCUCCUUCUCUAAUCGAUGCAUUGGGUUCCUAUACACUUUUUAGACAGAUUUUGCUUGAUGUUGUUCCAUCACAUUGGUGGAUAAAAUAUCUACAUAUGGUACGGCCUGCUCAUGCGAUCAUCAUACAGUUGGAUGCUCAGGGUGAAAUCACGCAAUCGUUGCACGACACCAAAGGCACACACAUUCAAGACGUCUCUCAAGUAUCGCAAGCGGAUGAUUACUUAUACCUUGGUAGCUUCCACAGUAAGUAUAUCGCCAAACUGCACUAUUCUGACAUGUAA